AUGGACUCGAUUGCCAUCAUCGGGUACUCAUUCAAGCUCCCCGGAGCGGCUGAGGAUGACGCAUCCUUGUGGGAUAUGCUGGAGCACGGCCGGAAUGUCAUGUCCCCCUGGCCAAAAUCGAGGACGAAUGUUGAUGCAUUCUACGAUCCAGAAUCGUCAAGACCCAACACGGUGCGAUCGCCACCUACUCCAUAGAUCAGUCGAUCGAACUAUUGCUAAUUUGACGUGCAUAGCUUCACCACAAGGGAGCGCACUUCGUCGAUGGAGACCUCACAGCGUUCGAUGCGCCUUUUUUCGCCAUGUCCUCGAGGGAGGCCACCUCUAUGGACCCCCAGCAGCGAUGGCUGUUGGAAGCAUCAUAUCGAGCAUUCGAAAAUGGUGAGUUCCAUCAUGCCGAAAUUCUGGAAUUGACCCUGUACUGACUGGAUCUCUAGCUGGAAUCCCGGCUGAAAAAGUCGCCGGCACAGAGACAUCGGUCUUCGCGGCCUCCAUGGGCACAGAUUUUAUGAACAUUGUCUCCAAGGAUGCCGACACAGCCCCGGUCAACACGGCCACCGGAACCACGGCCUCGUUCUUGGCCAGCAGAUUGAGUUGGUAUUUCGAUCUCAAGGGACCUAGCAUGCAGGUCAACACCGCAUGUUCGACCAGCAUGAUCGCCAUCGAUCUGGCAUGCCAGUCUCUGCGAAGCAACCAAUGCUCCAUGGUUAGUACAAUGUUCCCACCCAAAAGUCGGAGCUGCAGGGACCUUGUAUUGACGUGGACACUUUUCUUCCCCCUGCGCAGUCCCUGGUUGCAGGAGCCAAUAUCCUGAUCGAUGCCGAGUGCUCUAUGUUCUUGAAUAACAUGGGUUUCCUGUCCCCAGACAGUCUCUGCUACAGCUUCGAUGAGCGAGCCAACGGCUAUGCCAGAGGUGAGGGUGUCAUCGUAGUUCUCUUGAAGAGAUUACCAGACGCGAUCCGAGAUGGCGACACGAUUCGUGCUGUCAUUCGGGGCACAGACACAAACCAAGAUGGACACACUCCUGGUAUCACGAUGCCAAGUGCUUCUUCUCAGGAGGCACUGAUCCGGAAGGUGUACAAGACCAAUGGACUGAGUUUUGACCAAACACGCUACAUUGAAGCUCACGGUAAGCACCAAAUGUUCUAGAUGAGCCUUAUUUAUUUGAUACUAACAUGUAUAUUCAGGUACUGGUACCCAAAUCGGAGACACGAUUGAGACGUCUGCAGUUGGUCGAGUGUUUCGACAUAGCCGCUCUCCAGAAGAACCACUUUAUGUGUAUGUAUCUCAAAAAUACCUACCUCAUGCUAACGGUGUUCUAAUUGUGAUAAAGGGGCUCUAUCAAAGCAAAUGUCGGCCAUCUUGAAGGAGGCAGCGGUUUGGCCGGAAUUAUUAAGGGUAUCCUAAUGCUCGAAAAGGGACUCAUUCCACCUAACGCCAACUUUGAGAAAUUGAACCCCAAAAUUAACGCCAAACUGUACAACAUCAAGGUGAGCUCAACAACUUUAAUUCCACUUAUUCUCAAGUUCUAGAUAUUCAAAUGGAUAGUAACUAACUAUGCUCAUGUGCAGAUCCCUACCUCGCUUGUUCCAUGGCCCAGCAAGGGGCUGCGCCGCAUUGGCAUCAACUCAUUUGGGUUUGGUGGUUCAAACGGUCAUGUAAUCAUGGAUGAUGCCUACCAUGUUCUCGAAAGUUUGGGUCAAAAGGCAAAUCACCAUACAAUAGUCGAUGUCCCUUCACCUGCUACGAAUGGCAAUGGGCAUGUCAAUGGUGACAAGCCCGCCGCCGAAGCAGCUACAAAUGGCAACGGUCAUGAAGCCACAAACGGUCAUGAAGCCACAAACGGACAUGUUGAGGUGACUGAGACUGUUGCGAAUGGAAAUGGUCAUGAGGCUGUGAUUGGACAUGCUAAGGAAGUUGAGACGGCUACGAAUGGUAAUGGGCAUGAAGCCGUGAACGGACAUGCCACCACAACUGCUCCUGAUAUCCCGCCUUCCGACCUCAAGCUUUUGGUAUGGAGUGCUAAAGACGAAGCUGCCUUGAAGCGCGUACUUCAACAAUACUCUAAGCACUAUGAAGUUGCUGGCCUCGACCAAGACCUGGAGGCCUUGGCUUACACUCUUUCCCAGAGGCGAAGCAUAAUGAGCUGGAAGUCUUUUACAGUAACUAACAGCAAAACCGGUCCUGCAGCUAUCUCGAAGAGCGUUUCGAGCUCGACACGAUCAUCUAGGCAGUCCACUUUGGCGUUCGUCUUCACGGGACAGGGUGCUCAGUACGCCAAGAUGGGUCUUGAGCUAAUUCAGUACCCUGUUUUCAAGUCAACUUUGGAACAAAUCGGCGGAAUCUUCACUCACUUGGGAGCCGAGUGGUCGCUUUUCGGUGAGUACCAGUCAACAUCCCAAUCUCUAUGCUUCAUCGCGAUUUGAUGAUGCGAGUUAACCAAGAAAUCUAUCAUUCUAACUAUGUAAUGUAGACAAACUUCAGAGCAAGGACGAAAUAAGCAAGCCUCAGUACAGUCAACCGCUCUGCACAGCUCUUCAAAUAGCGCUGAUUGAGCUGCUUGAAUCCUUCAACAUUACCCCUUCCGCCGUCGUGGGUCAUUCGUCAGGAGAGAUUGCUUCCGCAUACUGUGCUGGUGCUCUGUCUCUUGAAUCUGCGUGUAAAGUGGCGUACCAUCGCGGUAGGCUCGCUGGGCAGCUUGUUGCGACUUUGAGUGCAACACCUGGAGCUAUGAUGUCGGCCAAUCUUCAGGAAGAUGAGGUCGAGGAGUAUCUUUCAAAGGUUCCCCUCAAGUCGACUGUGCACAUUGCUUGCGUCAACAGUCCCACCAACGUCACUCUCUCCGGAGAUGAAGCCGACAUUGACAUCUUGAAGGAGUACCUGGAUGAGUCCAGCAUCUUCGCUCAGAAGCUGAAGACAGGCGUGGCAUAUCACUCUCCCGCUAUGCAAUCGAUCGCCGAUGAGUAUCUCCAGUCCCUCGGUGACUUGCAAGAGGGAGACGCCCGCCGAGGAGAUAUCCUGAUUGUUUCAUCUGUCACUGGACAGAAGGAGGCACGCUCGCAGUUCACAGAGGCUAGCUACUGGGUAGAGAACCUGACGUCGCAAGUUCGAUUCAGUGAUGCGCUCCAGUAUAUUGCUGUUGCGGCCCCUGAGGCGGAUGGACUCGCCUCGAUCACUGACUACCUCGAAGUCGGACCGCACGCAGCUCUGAAGCGGCCGGUCAGUGACACUCUUACCCCAGUCGACAACAAGAAAGGCUGGAAAUACUCCUCUCUCCUUUCAAGACUUGAGUCCCCAGUCAAGUCCGUGCUGGAAUCGGUCGGUCGCCUCUUCUCCCAAGGGUUCCCGGUGUCAGUUCUCGCCGCCAACCAACAGCAAGACCUUCCCCAACCUGUUCCCUUCCUCACCAACACUCCUCAGUAUCCUUUUGACCACUCUCAGACCUACUGGCAUGAGUCGCGCAUCAGCCGGCAAUGGCGGCAACGCGAGGCCACAAAAGGCAGCCUUAUCGGUUUCCGCUCAGCUGACUGGAACCCCCUCGAGCCACGUUGGCGUAAGAUUCUCAGUGUAGAGGAGAUGCCCUGGCUCGCGGAUCACGUUGUCGAGGAGACCAUCUAUCUCCCUGCGACAGGAUCACUGGUCAUGGCUCUCGAGGCUGUCAAUGAGAUGGAAGAGAGGCCCCAGGCUAUAUCCGGUUACAGGAUCAAGGACGCAACCUUCAAAGCCCCGAUCGUCAUUCCCGCCGACGAGGGUAAGGCUGAGGUUGUGACGCAGCUGCGCCGGCUCCAGUUGGCGCAUACCAAGACCACGCCUCGUUACGAGGUUAAGCUGUUUACCUGCGCUGACGAUUACUGGAAUGAAUGCUUGAGUGUCACCAUCUUCGUUGAAUACAAAGAUGUGGCUCCGAAUGAAGUAGACGGAGGACAAGAAGCCGUCAUUGCCGCUGAGGCACUAGCCCGCACAUUCGCCAGUGCGGAUGACCUGUGCAAGGACACUAUCGAGACAGAAACUUUCUACAACUGGCAUAAGGAGCAGGGCCUUAAGUAUGGUGACGCCUUCUUGUUGGCUGACCACCUCCGCUGGAAUGGUGAGGAUCUUGCGAUGUCCACCGUUGACGUUGCGCCUCCUGCAGAACCAUACAAGGGUAUCUUCCACCCGGCAGUGCUUGACGCUUCUUGCCAAAUGUGCUUCAUCUCGCCCUCGCAGGGAAUGGUGAAGAAACUGCCCACCAUCAUCCCCCACAAGAUCUCAUCCGCCUGGCUCUCCGCAACUGGCUGGCAGUAUCCCGAUACGAACCGCAUAAGGACCAUGGCCAAGUCCAAGGUCAAGACCACUUCCAUGGGAGUUGAAGCUUCAUUCAUUGUCGUAGGAGAUGACGGCAAGCCACUUUGCCACGUAGAGCAUGUGGACAUGCACCCCGUUAAGGGCGAAGAUGAGGCAGCCAGCACAGACGUGCCGAAGUUGCUUCACGGUAUCGACUGGAAGCCUCAGCUGUCACUUCUUAAGCCUGACCAGCUGCAGAAAUUCUGCAAUGUCGAUCACUUUGAUGAUGAUGAGACCGAAGCAGCCAGGUACUGCGUCAGGCUCAAGAAUGUCUGCUUGGCGGCCAUGAAGUUCCACAUGAAGGAGAUGCAAGAGACAGACUGGUCCAAGGCGCCAUCCCAUAUGAAGCAGUUUGUCGCUUGGAUGGAAAGAGAACUCGGAAGGAAUACUGUUGAGACCCUAACCGCUGAAGAGCUAGCCAAGGAGCUGGACGUGGUGCGCGAGAUGCGACCAGCAGCCAGAAUGUUCAUCGAGAUCGCCGAGAAGCUUGCAUCAAUCGUCAGCGGCGAGACAGACAUUGUCGGUCUCUUGUUCUCGACUUCCCUGGCCCAGGACCUCUACGACACGCUCUUUGAGCGCAUGGACAACCCCAAGCUUGAGUCAUACGUCCAGCUCCUGGCGCACGAAGUCCCCGAGCAGAAGAUCCUCGAAGUCGGUGCUGGCACAGGUGGCAUGACGAGCGUUCUCCUGUCUUACCUUGAUCGCGUCGAAGAGCGCACCGGCGGAACUGCCUUCUCAGAGUACGCCUACAGUGACAUCUCUACUGGAUUCUUCGACAAAGCUCUGAAGCGCUUUGCCAAGUUCCAAGAUCGCAUGACUUUCAAGACGUUCGAUCUUGAGAAGGAUCCCCUCACCCAAGGAUGGCAGGCACGAUCUUACGAUGUCAUCUUUGCUGGCAGUGUCAUCCAUGCUACUCGUAACCUCAACAAUACCAUACAGAACCUCCAGAAACUCCUGAAGCCAGGCGGCAAGCUGAUAAUGCAUGAGACUACAGCCGAGGAGUGUUUCCAGAUCUCAUUUGGCUUCGGUCCCUUGUCUGGUUGGUGGCUGAGCGAGGAGGACUACCGUCCGUGGGGUCCGAUCAUCACGGUUCCCGAAUGGGAUAGAGUGCUCAAAGAGAAUGGGUUCUCUGGAAACGACAUGGUCAUCAAGGACUUCCAGAGUGAUGACGCCUACUGGGGUAGUAUGAUCAUGACUACUCUUGGCCAGCCGGCGGGCAGCGAGCUUCAAGAGACCGAGAUCCUGCUUGUGGUAGAUGAAGCAGACAGCUACAAGGUGAACCUGGCUUCAUUAAUCGUUGAUGUAUGGGCUGCCAAUGGCCGGGGAUACAAGCCCAAGACUGUUUCUCUGGGACAAUUGGAUGACAUAACCCUUUGUUCGACAAAGUAUGAGCACGUUGUAUUUUUGGGAGAAGAGGGCUCUGCCUACUUAGCCAAUCUGUCCGAGGCAGCUUUCGGCAAGCUUAGGGCGUUCAUCAAUGCUUCAAAGAACAUAUUGUGGGUAUCUACAGUUGAUGGCAGCGAUCCUUCCGUGUCUGCUUAUGCCGGACUCAAGGAUGGUUUCCUUCGAACUCUUCGCUCAGAGUAUCAAGGAAAGCGCAUCGUGUCACUCACUUUGCCCGACACGCCUUUGCCCGAGUCAUCUGCCGCAGACAAGAUUGUGUCUGUCUUUGCAUCCGCAUUUGACCUUCUGUCUCCAGAAGAUGAAUACUUGGUCAAGGAUGACUUGGUCCUGACUGGUAGGGUGAUCCAGGAAGUAGCCCUGAACCAAAAUAUGGGAUCCUCGGUUGUUCCUCAAAUAAAGAAGGAGAGCUGGCUCCCUGGACCCCCACUGAAGGUCGACGUAUUGAAACGUGGAUCGAUUGAUACCUUAAGCUUUGUUGAGGACCCCGAAUACUAUGAGCCUCUCAAGCCAAAGGAGGUCGAAGUUGAAGCCAAAGCUUGGAGUGUCAAUUUCCGUGACAUUUUCCUCGCCCUCGGCCGUCUCGAGGACGCGGAAGGUAUGGGAUCAGACUGCGCCGGUAUCGUCUCCAGAGUCGGCUCCGAGGUCACGGCCUUCAAACCCGGCGAUCGUGUUAUCAUGGGCAGCACUGGAUGCAUGAAGAUGUUUGCCCGAGAUGAGGAGGGCUGCAUUACCAUGAUGCCGGAUUCCUUGUCAUUCGAGGGUGCAUGCAGUAUCCUGAAUGGAGGUUCUACCUCGUACUACGCUCUUGUCGAGGUCGCUCGCCUGCAGAAGGGUGAGAAGAUUCUCAUCCACGCAGGGUCGGGUGCUACUGGCCAGCUCGCGAUCCAGAUCGCUCAGAUGGUUGGAGCCGAGGUGUUCACCACAGUCGGCUACGAUCACAAGAAGCGUCUCCUCAUGGAUGAGUACCACAUCCCAGAGGAUCACAUCUUCUACAGCCGUGACACGAGCUUUGCCAAGGGUGUGAAGCGAGUGACCAACGGCUACGGCGUUGACGUUGUGCUCAACUCACUUGCCGGAGACGGACUGAUCGCAUCAUGGGAGUGUAUCGCUCCUCACGGACGGUUCAUCGAGAUCGGCAAGUCAGACAUCCACAACAACUCAUCCCUGCCCAUGGCCUACUUCGCCAAGAAUGUAACCUUCUCCGCGGUCGAUCUGCGCCAUGUGGCACAGUGCCGAAAGGAUAUCUCGGCGAAAUUGCUUCCUGGGUUGAUGGUCUUGGCUGAGCAAGGCAAGGUCUAUCCCUGCAAGCCGACUGUAACGUACGGGCUUGAGGAAAUCCAUGAUGCCUUCCGAUUGCUCCAGAGCGGAAAGAAUACUGGCCGAAUCGUGGUCAAGAUUGAUCCCGCUGCUAAGGUUGAGGUAAGUACCCAGAGAAUGAUAAGUAGUUGAACAGAUUCGCUAACCCCUUGACAGAAACACCUCAUCAACCGUAGACUGUGGACUUUCCCAGAGAAUGCCACAUAUCUGAUCGCAGGAGGCCUCGGAGGUAUCGGACGCUCCAUUCUUACGUGGAUGGCCAGCAAGGGAGCUAAGAACCUCGUUGUCCCUACACGAUCCGGAGCAUCAUCUGAAGCAGCGGCCGAGACAGUCAAGGCUUUGACUGAACAAGGCGUAAAUAUCUUGACGCCAAAAUGCGAUGUUACAUCGAAGGAAUCACUCUCUCAGUUGCUUGAAGAGGUCAAGACUACUAUGCCGCCAAUCCGAGGAUGCAUCAACGCAGUCAUGGUGCUGCAGGAUUCAGUAUAUGAGAACAUGACUCACGCACAGUGGGAUACAGCCGUCCGCUCAAAGGUUGGCUCCUCGGUAAACCUCCACAACCUUCUGGGUGAUGGUCUAGACUUCUUCAUCCUCCUUUCCUCGGGUGCUGGUAUCGUCGGAAACAUCAGUCAGUCCAACUACGCAGCCGGAUCAACAUUCCAGGAUGCCUUGGCUCGUUACCGUGUAUCCAAGGGCCAGCGCGCAACAGCCAUCGACUUAGGUCUGAUGCGAACUAUUGGUAUCGUCGCUGAAACGGAGACACUACAAAGGAACUUUGAGAGGUCAAUCGGACUCGCCCAGAUUGAAGAAGAUGAGUUCUUGACGCUGAUGGAUAUUUGCUGCAAUCCUGUGGAAUCCAAGAUCGAAAACAAGAGCCAAAUGACUGUUGGACUCAUUACACCAGCAGACAUGCUUGCAGCUGGAGUAGAGGUCGCCGAAAUGCUACAGCGACCGCUAUUCUCCUACUUCAGCCGCCCACGCGGUCUCGCGUCUUCCGGCAACGUUGCAGAUACCGUGAACUUUGCAGCUUUGUUCAGGCAGGCCACAUCAGCUGAGGAGCGUGCCGGCAUUGUCACAGAAGCUCUGGCGACUAAGCUGGCCAGGGCCCUGUCGAUGAAGGUUGAGGACAUUGAGACCGACCAACCAAUCUACAGUUAUGGAGUGGACUCAUUGGUGGCCAUUGAACUGCGGAAUUGGAUAUCAAAGGAGUUCGGCGCAGAUGUGCCGGUCUUCGAAAUCAUUGGAGGAAAGUCAGUGUCGGCACUCGGUGA